CUUCAGGGCAAGUUUGCCGAGGCGCCAAUAGUCCUUGUGACGUCAGAGCACCUGAGGACUGGUAAAGAGUAUGAUGCUGCUCUCAUUUGGAUUGAAGACGUAACAAAGGACUCAGUUAAAGUCUGUCUUCGUGAAAUGCAAAACUUUGACGGUAGACACCAAGAUAUCACUGUGGUACGUUCUUGGUCAGAUUUUAAAAAACUGGAACGCGACUGUCCACCAAAUUUGUGAGGAAUGCUGGUCUUGUUAAAAAUAAUAGUGGAGCUCCACUCGCGCGCGAAACGCGCGCGUGGGCGAAGCCCCAUAGCUAAGGAAAUGUGGUAAUCUACCCAUCCCAGUAAAUUUGGUAAUCACGUGACCGUACAACGAGCGAGCGACCGUCCGUCCGCACCACAGGCAUACCAAUGUAAAAUAACUCAAUCAACAGGUAUGGGAACCGAAAUGCAACUCAAGGUUUUUUUGGAAGGAAAUCACAUGGUCGCCCGGACUUUUAGAAAGAAAAAAGUCUUGUCUUUUUCGGCGUUCUUUUUUAUGUGUACACUAACGUGGAUAACAGAGAAAGAGCUAGAGCGAGUUAUUGAAAAUUCGUAGGAAGAAAAACAUGAAAAGUCAAAGCGGCGGUGAGAAAAUGAGAAAUGCUAGCGGCCAGCAAGGUGAAAAUGAGCGGCAGUGAAAAAUAAAAGCGAACAUGAACACUGGAAACAAAAUAUUGGGUAAGCACAUACGACAAUUUCUCCAUAAAAAUAGUGUGUAACUAGGAAGUUUGACGUUUUAGUCGUACAAAACAGCGUUGUAGUCGUGCAAAACAACUGCAAGGGAAAGACAAAAAAGCGUGCUGAAUUGUUUUUUGCUAAUUAGAAGAAAAAGUGUGCUGCACGUGCAAUUUGUUUUUUUGCUAAUUAGAUCUAUUAGUCUUGAAGCCAUUUUCAUUGUCGUCCCCCGUUUAGCAUUACACGAUUUAAUUUUUUUUUUUGCUUACACGUAUUUUUAACCAGAGCUUCGCUUUUAGCCCUGGCUAAAUCUAUAUAUUAGCGUUAAGAGGAAAAAGUAUUGCUAAGUAAAGAUUGUCCGGGCGAUCGCGAGUGAUGAUCAGUCAAAUGAUCAGUCAAACGAAAGGAAAUGCAGAAAGAAAAACAUAAAAAGAAACGGAAAUAAUAAUAAUAAUAAUAAUAAUAAUAAUAAUAAUAAUAAGAAGAAGAAGAAGAAGAAGAAAUGAAUUGAAUAGCAUUACACAAAUUGGUCUUCUUUGUCCCUAUGUCUCUCUUUACGCUCUUACGUGAUUCGCCUGAUGUCUUAAAAAAUGUGGAUUUGCAUCCUUUUCUUGACUCUUUGCGCUCUUUGUUAUGUCACAACUUCAUAGAGUUCAAAAUACUUAGAUUGGUGUAAUGCGAUUCUGUCACAAGAUGGGUGGCAUCACUUUUGUUUUUACCUCUUUUCACAGAACUGGUUUGCCUUCUCUAAACUGCACAAGCCUCUUUUCACCGAACAUGGUGUCAUAAGUUUUCCAAAUACGAACCCACCUUUGGAUAAAAUGAACAAUGCUUAUUGCCAGGUGAGAAAAGAAUUCUUUGCAAAAGCAGUGAGUAGCAUGCUGUUCACAGCAUUUUCCCUGACAGAUAGAUCGCUUACUUACAUCACUGUUUAUAUCUUCAAAACACUUUUAGUCAUAUACACUUUACGCAAUAGAGAUCAAAGUGACUAGAAAAGUAAAGAAGCUGGUCCACUAAACAAUACUUUAAGACAAGAGGUCAAAAACUACAGACUGAUAACGUCCCUCUUAAACAUCGACAAAGUAUUUGAGCAACUGCAAUGUAAACAGGUGACUGUGAAACUCGACCACAUCUUCUCUAGCCUAAGCAAUGCUUACAGAAAGGGACACAGCUGUGAGACCACUCUACUACGUCUGAAUGAGGACUGGAAGCUAGCAAUAGACAGAAAAGAGCUAGUAUGUAUUCUAUCGACUGAUAUGAUUAAAGCGUUUGACUCUCUCAGCCACUUGCCGACACUAACAAAGCUUGAAGCAUACGGUUUUGAGUACUCAGCGUUGGACCUCACGCGAUCAUUCUUUAACAACCGCCAAAAUGAUCAACCCCCUGCUCUGGAACGUGUUUCAGAAUGACCUGCCCUGCUCCAUAACUACCGCUAAACUUUCGAUCUAUGCGGACGACCACCAGUUGUACACCUCAGGAACUAAUUUUAGAGCUGUAGCGGAAGCCUUAGAGCAGGAAGAUCAACUUGCAGCGUCUUGGUAUCGUGAUAAUUUUCUACUCCCAAAUCCUGACAAAUUCCAGGCGAUGAUCCUUUAUAAUAGAAAUAUUAAUAUUGACAUUGAAGGCUAAUACACUGAUAUAAGCAUAGAUGGUAGGGUCAUUACAAACAUAGAUUACAUCAAACUACUUGGCGUCCACAUUGAUUGCAGAACGAACUUCAGUGGUCAUAUUAGCUAACUGUGUAAGAAAGAGUCAGUAAGAAAGUAGGGAUCCUAAUGCACCUGCGCAAUCUUGAUCCCUGCACAGCUGUAAGUCUUCCAUAAGUCUUCCAUCCUGCCUUACUUUACCUACUGCCAGCUGGUAUGGCACUUCUGUAAGGCCUCCAACAGGAGGAAAAUAGGACGUCUUCAAGAACGUGCCUUAAGAGCGGUAUACAGAACUAAGUCUGCCUCUUACCAGACACUACUAAAAUAUCAGGACUACCCACGUUGCAAAAUGGUAGAUUGCAGGAUAUAGCAAUACUUAUGAACUCAAGAACAACCUCGCCCCUACCGACUUAGCAGAACUUUUUAAUUUAAAUGAUUCGAGGUAUUCUCUGCGAAACAAGGACUUUCAUUUACAUACCAGAUUCAAUAUUGUAACCUACGGCAAACAUUCAUUUCGUUACUUUGGACCUUUACUAUGGAAGAGACUAAACAACAACGUCAAACAAUCACGCCUAGUCUUCAGUCUUUCAGGAACGCUAUCAGAAAUUUAGAUAUUUCUGGUAUUUUUUAUUAUUUUUUUUAUUAGCUUCGCCCAAAAAAAAAAAAACACAAGCAAACAAACAGAAAGAACGUUGGCAGGGACACCGCAACAGCUGUGGCCAAUUACAUUGGAUCAAGAUACAAAUAAAAAAAUCAAAGCAAGAAAUAUUAGAAAACACAGCGAUACAAGAAAAACUACAACUACAUACAACAAGUUAUUGGAGGAGACAAAGGAAGAGCACUGUUACAUUUUAAACAGAUAGACUUGAACGAACGUGGAUCUUCACAACCAUAAGAAACAGCUAACGCGGACUUAUAAUAAUUGAAAAUAACCGAUUUAAAGGAAGCUAAGGUCGAUGAGCUCAAAUCUAUUUCAUCCAAUAAAACAAUUCCAAAAUUCCACUAGUUCUAAUGAGAAAGAAUUUCUGGUACGUAGUAGUUUUACAUUUGUUAAUUAUGUAUUUAUUAACAUUGCUGGUUGAGGAUUAGUCCGUCUACCGUAUUUGCGAACUUCAGGUAGGACAGAGGAGUUGACGUUCAAGACCGUGUGUCAAUUUGAAAAACAAGGUUAGAUCUAAAAGUUCAUGCCAGUAGCAAAUAGGUAUUAGAUUAAGAGUUUGGAAACGAGACUUAUAACUUAUAUUAAAAGGCAGUUUUAACAUAAACUUAGUCGUUCAACUUUGGACACGCUCAAGCUUGACGAUGAGUUCGAUGGACUGCGGGACCCAAAUUUGGGUGGCGUACCCCAAAUCUGGCCUAACUAAGGCUACAAUUGUAGGUAUAGCGUUCGUCUUACGUCGGUUCUAAGAGUGAACCUCGUGUUCCUCUUUAAGUAUCCAAGUAGUUUAUGAGCACGCAAAGAUUGUUCGUUUAGUUGUUUGUACCAUGUCAGAUCCUUACUAAUCCAUUCGCACAGAUCUUUUUCUGCAACAUAUAAUUCAAGUGCGGUGUUGUUGAGUUUGUAUGAGGAUAAGAUCGGCCUUGUUUUCCUUGUUAUGUGCUGCGCCUUAUACUUAGCUUCGUUAAAAAGGAGACCGGAUGAUUGAGACCAAGUUGCAAGCUUACCAAGGUCUUUCUGGAGAGAAGAGGCAUCCCCCAAAGUCUUGAUCUCUCUGAAUAUUUUUGUGUCGUCAGCGAACAUCAAUACUCGACUAAUAGAACUGAUGACUUUGAAAAGGUCGUUGGCGUAUAAGAGGAAGAGGGCUGGUCCAGAGGUAACAGGAAGAUCCUCUGAAGUGGCGCCGAGUACCGUAACGCGUUGGCGUCGACCUGACAGGUAAGAGCAGAACCAGUUAAGCAGGUGCCACCGAAACCGGCCUGGAUUAGCUUAUGGACGAGGCACCUGUGACUGACUUUGUCGAAAGCUUUAGACAUAUCAAAGUAGAUGGUGUCAACCUGGCUGCCACUAUCUAAAUUAGUGAACCAAUGUGGUCAACAGCCUCAAGCAGGUUGGUGAUGCACGAUCUUCCAGUACAAAAACCAUGUUGUUUAGGUAAAAUUACAUGGUACAGGUGGUCCUUGAUGCUAUUCAACACACAGCGCUUGGACACUGUUGGGAGUAGAGAGAUGGGGCGGUAAUUUUCCUCGUGGUCUUUUGCACCCUUUUUGUAGACACGCACGACGUUAGCUAGUUUCCAGUCACUCGGGAGAGACCCUAGUUGCAGUGAUUUGUUGAAGAUCUUACAUAAGGAAGGAACAAUCACUGAGGUAGUCUGUUUGAGCAAUUUAGCAGGGAUUUGGUCCGGCCCUGUGGCUUUACCGACUUCUAGUGCUUUGAGUGCAGCUAGAAACUUGGACUCAUUGAGAGUUAGAUCGGAUAUAACAGUGUCCGAACGUAUGCACGCUGUCUUCUCCACUGCGCUGUCGAUAGUAAAUACAGAGGCAAAAAACCUGUUAAACAGGUCAGCUAUUCCCGCAGGUGUAUCAGCACUUAAUCUUGAAGGGUUUUGUGACUGGUCAGCGGGAGAGUCUGGGACGGUUACCAUGGAGACAUGGUCUGGGAUGGGAUGAGAUUUAGAGUUAAGCUUCAAAUUGACCAUAAGUGCUUGGGAUUGAAUCUAAAGCCAGUGUCAAUGGAGUCGUAAAAGCGAUCACGGCUUUCGCGAAGCAGUUUCUUGACUUGCGUCCGCAGAGAAUUAAAUUUAACCGUCAGGCCGGCGUUCGGAUGUGAUUUAAGUUUUUGGCGAACUGAGUUCUUUUUUUUGAUUAGUUUUAAAGUGUUACUAUCUAUACAAGGAACCGGGUAACGGCCUUUCAGUCUCUUCGAUGCUACGAAAGUCCUUGACAGCAGCUAGUAAUAAGUCCUUCCGGCACCGCCCGUCAUCAUCUAUAUUUUUAUGGCCCACAAUAGAAGAAAGAUUGAUUGCCGAGAGAGCUUCACGCAAACCAUCAAAAUCGCCAAUUGCGUAGUCGUAGUCGUAGACAAAUUUGCGCGGGUGUGAGGACGCAUUAACAAAAGAAUUGUACUCAAACAGGACUACACAAUGAUCCGUAAAAACACCGGCUUUACCAGGUGACAACUUUGGUGUGUUCUGGGGCACUUCUUAUCACUAGAUCAAGAAUGUUACUACCGCGAGUCGGUGUGUGGUUAGUUUUCGUCAAGAAGUGGUCACGUAACGCCUCGAUAAAUGGCAGUUCGUUAGCACCUAAAGCGCUAUCCACGGAGUCCCAGAAUAAUAAUGUAAUCUUCUGAUCAAAUUGAGGAGAAAAUAACUGUGACUGUUAUGACCUUUGCAGAUCCUAAUUUUAUGAUUUUAAGAUUUUUAAGAUUUAAAUAUGUAUUAUUAUGAAUUACUAUGUAUUUUAGAUUAGUGUGCCCAAUUAGAAUAUAUCAUUAUAAUUAGUAUUAUCAAGGAUUAUUAUUAUUAUUAUGUAAUUUUAAAUACGUGUCCCCAAUUAACCAUAUACGUUUGACACUUAAAUAAAGUUCUUAUAUCUUAUUAUAUUGUUAUAAGACAUAUCAAAAUAUCAAAAUGGCAGCUUGUUCUGUUAAAAUGAUUAAUCGCAAAUAUUGCUUGUUCAGUUGGGACUUCAAAAAUAAACACAUUGACGGGAACUGAAGCUUGAAGUGAUUAAGGAACAGUGUUAAACGUUUUACGUUUCUCUUCCAUGGCAGUUCGUUUCAUUCACGAGAGCUUAUAACUCGACUCCAACAGUUCUUGUCUCAGCCAAUCACAGCACGACGGCAUCUGGGAAUUCAGCACCAAAUCACAACGGAAUUACAACUUGGAUCGAGGUAAAGUUUUCCGUAAUUGGGGGGGAUUGUGGGGAUGUAUCAAGGCAAACAAACUUCAAACCAAAAAUCCAAGAAAGAUAUAACUGAACAGAGAAGCACGCUUGGUUGAGGCGAUGUAUUGGUCGAUAAUAGGUGUGGCGCAAAAAUGUGCCUAGUGAAGUUGAGAUUGCUUAUCGGCUUCCUUUUGAUGUUAAUUAUCGAAUACGAUUGUGGUGUCGGUACAAAAUAAUAUCUUUAAAUUAUCAGCAGGGACCGCGCGCGGUGGUCUCGAACUUCAGAUCUGAUUCUGCGGUUUUAAACGUUACUUUAGAGCUCUUUCCUUGGACACGAAACUUUGCUCCCAUCAUUCAUCAACAGGGAUAUUUAGCUCCGUCCUUCUGGGCCUCAUAGCUCAUUUGUGCCACUGCCUUGCCCCUUAUUAGGGUAAAAAGGAUAUUUUGGAUAAAAUUUCGAACAUUAAUUCACCAUAUAUUUUUUUAUACCUUUGUUAUUUCUAAAGAGUUCUUUAAUUACUUUCAUCAAACCACAUUGCUAAUUCACGGCGAAUCUUCGCAUCUCUAUACAUAAGAAGACGUAGGAGAACGUUUUAAAAAUAUUCUGGUAUUCUCUUCCUGCUAAUUCAGUUGUUUAUGACUACAAUUUUAGCUGUACUAAAUUACGUUGAGUGCUUAUUUUUUUUUUUCAGAACAUGAAUACCUCUGGAUUCAGAGCCUGUGUCAAGGAAUUAUACGGGACCAGAUAUGACCCCUUGUCCGUCAGUUAUGCCGUGCUCACAGGUCUGUAAUAUUACUGAGUUCAUGCAUUUAUGAAGUAGUUUUUAGCAAAUGAAAAAAGAAACUUUAUUUGUUACCGGAUUCAUCUGGAAAUACUUUGGAAAUGCCAUAAACUAAUAACACAAUGCAAGUUGAUGGUUUUGCAAGUCAUGGCGGAGUCAAGAGAGUGUACCUGUUGACAUAAAAAAAGAUUCUUGAAAUUCUUUCAAGUUAUAAUUUUCCUACCCCUUGAAGAAUUUAACCGUUUAAUUAAAAGUUUUCUUAAAGGAUGAAUAACGAGGAUGAAAGACCUUGCUAGAAAUUAGAAGCACCAUGCUUAAAACAAUCGUUUGAAUUUUUUGUUUCUUUAAAAUAGUACAGUCUGUACAUAAAAGUUCGAUAUAUUUUAUCUCUAUGCAAGUGGUAUAUCCCUGUCGCUAGUCUUCUAUCCAAUAAUAUCUUAUUAGUACCUUGAAACCAUUAAGUUUUGGAAAACAUUUUCUCAUCACACUCCUAACAGUACUGCGAGUGACAUGCUGCUAAGGAUUUAUCAAUCCGGCAGUUUAUUUGAAUGAAUAUAUUUUUGACGCUUACGUUUAUCUGUAUUUCGCAGACAUCUGUGAACCUGGCUGGAACUAUUUCAACGGCUUUUGCUAUUUCACAAGUAAGACUUGUCAAAACUGGACCACAGCACUGGAUAAAUGCCGACAAGAAAACUCGGUCCUUGUUGAUGUCCAAAAUAACGGAGAAAAUGUGUUUUUACAGCAUCUACACAAUGGAGCAAAAUCCUGGCUGGGAUUCAAUGAUAUUUUCACAGAGGGCUCCUUUACUUGGGCAGAUCGUGGUACUGGGAACUUUACAGCUUGGGCUAAAAACCAACCGAACAAUUUUCGGGAUGAAGACUGUGUGCAUACACUUGGUGUUGAAUAUAAAUAUGAAUGGAAUGACGUGAAAUGCAGUGACUGUCAUCAGUAUACUUGUAAGAAAGGUAAGAUAUGAUGUAUAAGUUUAGGAAUGCAUAAGAUAGAAGAAAGUCUACUUAACAAAACGCAUUGUGAUGUGUUAAUCGUGAUUAAUAUAUAGUUUUUUUUUUCAUUUUGAACAGAUCUGAAUGAAUGCAGUAGGGACAAGUAUUACUGCCAUCAGGUCGCCAGCUGCACAAAUUAUCGUGGUUCAUUUACUUGCACUUGUGAUCAAGGCUACUUUGGAGACGGCUUUGAGUGCGCAAGUAUGAUCAGAUAUGAAAUUGCAGCACUGCAUGUUAAUGAUGAACAGGAAGUUGAUUUAUAGUAAUCUAUUCUCACUGGAGCCAUCAGCAAACAAUGCCCAUAAUCCCAAUAAUAUAUGGGAGACCCAGCCGGAGACGGUAGGAGCGGGGAGCUCCUGGUAAACAGAUAGUUCUUCAAUGCGGAGAAAUGGGUGGGGCGUGUAAAGAAGUGUACGAAACACCGAAAAGACUGAGCAGGCUAUUAAUUGCGAAGGGAAACUAGCGUUAUAAAAGAAACCCACCAUGUACAAAAAAGGUAUAGGAUAGCCACGGGCUAUACGCAGCGCGCUAGUAUCACUCUCUUUUAUUGCUGAGUUCUUAUGUUUUCAAUGGCCAUCAUUCAGUGGCUUCUACUGCUUACAUGCAACGUCUAAAUUUUCGAGUGUCUUUUUAUGAUUUCCCAAACUCCCAUUCUAAACGACACGCUAUGGAGAAGAGUAGCUGCGCAGGCGGCAUGGUUACCUCCUCCUUCUUACGAGGCUAAAGUUUGCUUUUUAAUUUGGUGGCUUGGUUAAUAUUUUGCAUAUUCGGCCUUAUUAUUACCCCUAGUUUUAGACUCUUGUUGUGAGGGAAGUAAUUCGAGGGUUGAUAGUAUUGUCUUGCAAGGUAAGAAUCCGAUUCGCACUGAAAAAGAGCUUUUAAAUUCCCGGGUCCGUUCCUUCACUUUCACUAUUAACCGCCGCCCGAUUAGCUCAAUUGGAUAAGCGCCGGUCUGCCAACCGGGAGGCCACUAACUCAGGAGUCUUUAAAUUACUGAGGAGAAAUUGUUUCCCCUGAAAAGACAUCUGCAAACGGUUAAACUUUUUAGUUUUCUCAGAUAAGGGCAAUAAACCGUAGGCCCCGUCUCAUAACCGUCUCACAUACAUUAUUUUGGGACGUUAAAGAACUCACGCUCUGUUCGUAAAUAGCAGGGGACCUGUUCUUCGGUGUUGUGGUCUAUCUCCCAUGGUGGGCGGGACUGUUAUGGGCCUUCGGGUAAUAAGCGCUGCACCCUGUUGCGGUGACCCUGCCCAGAAUUAGUGAACCAAAGGAAAUAAAUUAGUGAUAACUUUGUCUCUAACUUUUGUAGGGGGUUUGAAACAGUCUACUAUUGUGGGGAAUGAUGCUAACUACUUGCAAUAUUUAAGCACCUGGCUCAAACCAGUUGCUCAGAGCAAAUAUUCACGAUGGAAGCGUUGUUGGCGGGCGUCCGUGGACGGUUGGGCUGCCAGUACUUUUCAUAGCCGUUGUGACAACAAAGGACCAACUGUAACAAUCAUAAGAGUCGGCGGGAAAUACAUAUUUGGAGGCUACACUAGCCUCUCAUGGGGUAAGAGGUUUGGUUUUUCUAAAACUGGACAUUCUAAAAUUGUCUAAGGAAGUAUUUGAAGUAGAUAAUGUUAUUACCACGAAAAGGACUAAAAAGAGUGCAUUCACGCUGUUUCAAACUUCAUCGCCCUUAUUCUUUUUCGGUCAAUUCGCCAAAUGCAGGAGAAUUAUUCUGGGUUUAAAUUCGAAAGGUUUCUACCAAAUAUUAGAACAAGAAAAUCGUUGUCUUGUGUUCACGUACCCCAUAAAACUAAAAUUGGGACGUUUUACGUCGUAUUCGUGCAGCGAAUUCGCCGACAAUUAAAUUCUGUGCUGACGUAUUUUCUAUCCGGAGUUGUUUAUGUUUAAAGUGUUUUUUAGGCAAAGUAUUCCACUCAAGUGCCGUAGUAGUUUAAAAAAUCAGCGAAAAUGACUCGAAGGCGAUUGUGAAUUGAUGAAGGCUUAAAUUCCUAAGGCUUCCCUUUCCUGCUCUUAAAACUGAAAUGAAAACUUUAUGUAAAAAGUGCAAAUUAGGUAGGGAAAAAUUAUCACUUCUAAUAAAGUCUUUUCUUGAAAAAUAAACUAAGAGAGCAUUUUGAUCAAAGCUACGUAUACUGAUCUCAACCUAGAUAAUAACAUGAAAUCUUUCUACGUCUCCUGUUUUUUAUCCCACCAAUUGUAUGACGCACGCUUAAUUCUAUUUUAGCGCACAGCCAGUCUAUGCAGUCGAUGCCCAGGCACUACCACGAUUUUAAAUGUUCUUUUUUCAAACUAUUUUUUUUGACUCAUUUUAAAUCUUUUAAAUACAUUUUGUACCUCUUUCAUUUAGAGUCUCAUCCUAUCUUUUAUAGAGUUUUUAUUGUAGUUGUAUAUUGUAAGUAAUUUUAUCCUUAUCUUUCAUUUUAGUUCUACAUCGUAAUCAUUUUCACACGGUCCCUCAAGAAUUGAGCUUUAAGUGUUUAGAGUUUAAGUAAAAGAAAUGAUGAUGAUGAUGUUGAUGGUGAUGAUAAUGAUAAUGGAUUAUGAGUAAAAAGCUUCAAUCUGUAUAAAUCGGUGUAUUUAAAAAAGCUACCCAAAGACCGAGGAUACAAUUAACCAACAUCAUUAUUCACUCAAAAUAUUUCUCCGUUUCUGAUUGGCUAAAACCACACGCAUAACUCACCAUAACCAGCUACUGUUGACUAAAUUUGGGAGAAUUUUGCAAUUAAUCAACCGGUGACGUCAAAAGUGCGGGACAGUUGCAGGUUAAUGCACCUUUAACCGAGAAGACGUGGGGACGAGGUUGAGUUGUUUUUGUUGUGAAAAGAAAGAACAGUCGGCGGAACAUUUUACUAUUUUCACGACGAACUAUUGUCUAAAAAAAGCAAGAAGACAACCCGACGAAUAACAUCUGCUAUUUGGAGUGUAUUUGCAGACCUGAACAGCCCUUUAACUUCUAAACAUGCACUAUCGAGGUGAACUUAACAUCGACGAAGGUAAGCAUGUUUUAGCUUGUUUUUAAAAUAGGAAUUAUUUGGAAUGAACAUUAAAGCAAUUAAUGAAUUCGGCUUUCGCUGGAUAUAUAACAAUUAUUCACCGAAGUGGAGGAGGCUAGUGGUAAAAUAGUGAGAUAAUUGAGCACAAAAAUGAUUUUUAACUCAUUUACUGUUGCCAACGAUUACAAUUUUCACGCAAUGACAGAACGGCCGCGGUCGUCGCUUUUUCUUGCCGACAAAUAAAACUUUUCAAGGCAUUUGUUUAGCUCUUACGGGGAAAUUUAUUUAAAAGGAGUUGUGAAUUCUUUUUGUAUUUAAAAUCAUACUGUAAAAAAUAUUAUUAAAUUUAGUUUUGAACUUACUUACGAACAAGUCAACAAGUCAGAAGUGGCAAGGAGACCUAACAGAAACUAUAGGAGCUUAUGAGAGGUUAGGCCUCCUCGAACUACGGGUUAGAGCUGUUUAACAUCAAUUAAAGAAAAGAUGGCGAAGAGUCGAAGAUGGAAAGAUUUAUGAACUGUUUUCAUAUUUACUCACUAAUUUAAUCGUCUCUUUUUUUCUUAAAAGAGGAAAGGGAAUGAGAGUUGAUGACCUCGUUGUUAAGUGAAUUAAAAAACUUAUGCCCUUGAAAAAAGGGCGAGAACUUGUUAGUGUUUGUACGACAAUACGGUAGACGGUAGGCCUGAAUAUUUACCGAUAAAUUCAAGGCAAAAAGACAAAGAUUUACCUGUUAAAACUUCCAAACCGAACUUCGUCAUCUUCUUCGUUUGUUUCGGGAACAGCUUGCUUGAUUAAUUGUCAAAUUUCUUUGUUUGUCACGCCAGCAAAACGUGAAGGCAUUUUGCACGCAACUUACGAGAGUUUGGCGUCGCUCGCUCGGAGGAACUGGAGGUGAAUCAGUGAAUAGCAUUGGAUAUUCACUGAUUGAGUAGCGAAUCAGAGCGCGCGAAAAACACUACCCACUGUUUUAGUUAUUCUAAAAGGAAUUAUGCAGAUCUCUGAGGGUGUUAUCCAUCUCGGCUGAUAACACCCUCUUCGAUCUGCAUAAUUCUUCAGAAUUCUUCUCAGCCUCAUUCAUUAAUUGCUAAACAUACAGAAUGAGGGCUACUUUAGUGUUAACUAUUACAAGUGUGUAUCUCUUUUUUCACCCAUUCAAGUUUCCAUUGCACAUAUUAUUUCAUGUACUUUGUCACCAAAAAGCAAAACCGUACCCUAGCGUUUUUAAACUGUAGCUUAACUAUAGACUACGACCAAGACAGCAGGGAGUAGUUCGGAAGGUAAUUUCGAAGUACAGUGUAACCUCGGCAUAACGGAGUACCAAGAAACCGGCAGAAUUUGUUCGCUAUAUAAUGAGGUUUCGUUUUAUGGAGAUUCUUUUCCAUAUAUUUUACUAUAACUAGGGUAAAGAAAAUCGUUAGUCACAUCAAGGUAUUAAACAUAUAGAGGUUUGUUAUAUCGAGGUUCCACUCGGCUGUAGUAAACACAAUUAAACAAUUCAAGCCUUUAUAUCGGGGUGCCGACAGCUUAAUACUAUUGUGCAAUUCAUCGCACUUUUCAAUAUUUUUUGUUUUUAGCUUUUCAGAUGAAUACCAGUUUGAAUUCUUCCUUCCAAAAGUAAAUACUUAAGUAAGAAUAUAUUUAGUAUUAAAAACGCACUUUUCUCGAGACUGACAUCUUUGCUACUUAAAAGGGAGUUAAUUAUUACUAGUAGUAUCAGAUAUUUUCUUGUCUGUAUGAAUUCAAAUUUUUAAACAAAGUGUGUGCGUUGAUAAUCCUUUUCAUUUCUUAAUUUCCCAACAGGUUACAGCAGUUGUCGCGGGUAUCGAUAUGAUUCGCAAGCAUUUAUUUUCUCGCUUAUUAACAAGCCAGGAUGGGCACCUGUGAAACUGCCUCAGACAGGGCAGUAUAGUUCUUACAGACAUUCCAUUUACGACUGUUCCUCUUAUGGACCUACUUUCGGUGGAGGCCACGACAUUAUCAUUUGCGACUACGCGUCAUCCAGUAGCAGUUCCUAUACUUACCCUGGCCAUACUUACAGCGCACCAAGUGGGUACAGCUAUGGAAGCACCUUCGCCUAUACAUUCCUGAACGGUCAAAGUAAUACCUAUCAUUUUACACCAGACGAGGUAGAAACAUUUUACGAAACAACCUAA